GGCUCGUGAAGCAGGACUCCAGACAGGAUUAUCACCAGCAGACACCGCCGAGCGAUAUUUCUCCCUUCAAUUUGCCUCACGCACCGGACCGCAUCGACCUCUCCUUUCAACCUACGGACCUUUACAUGGCAGCCGGCUGCAGCUGCAGCAUCCGUCAUCUCUCAGCCUCCAAACUAACGGGAUGACGGAGGGAAUCGAGCCUCCUCACGUCGGCGAGGCGACGUUCACGGGCUGCAGGAAUUCCUAAAACCACUGUGGCAGCGGCUUGGUGAUGUAAAGUGACUUUUCCAUCUUUCGUGGUGUACGUCAAAGGGCAGGGUGAGCCACAAAGAAGCCCCGGAGCUGGUGGCAACUUGGAGUCUUGCUCGGGGGUGCUUUGGCAGAGUGGAUGGGAGGAACGCUAGACUCUAUCCUUUACCUUAAAUGAGUUGAAUGAGAAGGCACUGAACUGAUUAGAACGAUGGCUCACUAAAGUAGAAGUAUAGAUAAUACUUUUUUUAUAUUUAUGUAAUAAUACUGCAGCCUUCAUCAGGGUGGAACCUGGAAAAGAGUGGCAGCGUUGUGUAAAACAGAUAUAUUAUCAGGUCAUUAGGGCAUCCAUAUAACCCACAGGAGACACUUUGGUCAUUCUGCCAUCGUGAUGGUGGGAGCCACCAUUACCUGGGGUCUCAGGACUACUGCGGUCUAACAGACAGUUUGGUUUCCCUGUGGGAAAGAACUGGAGCGUGGUGGUCUGCCAGCACCAUGGACUACCACGCUGAGUGCUGCUUCUGCGAUCCGGAGGAGGGUCAAAGUGGCUCGGACGAGCCGCCGCUCCACAGUAUCCACGCGCCAAACCGGAUCCGCCCGUCCUCGUACCGAGCCCUGAGGAGCGCUGUGUCCAGUCUGGCCCGCAUCGACGACUUCUUCUGUGAGAAGAUCGGUUCAGGCUUCUUCUCUGAGGUCUUCAAGGUGCAGCAUCGGAUCACAGGGCAGGUGAUGGCCCUGAAAAUGAACACGCUGGCUAGCAACAAAGCUAACAUGCUACGAGAAGUGCAGCUCAUGAACAGGCUUUGCCACCCAAACAUACUCAGGUUUCUUGGGGUUUGUGUGCACGAAGGUCAACUCCACGCUCUGACUGAGUACAUAAACGGAGGCAACCUGGAGCAGCUGUUAGACAGCGAUCUGUACCUGUCGUGGUGCGUCAGGAUUGGUCUGUCUCUGGAUAUCGCCCGAGGGCUGCAGUACCUGCACAACAAGGGUAUAUUCCACAGAGACCUCACCUCCAAGAACUGUCUGGUUCGCUGUGAUAAUGGCAUGUUCACUGCUGUGGUGGGAGAUUUCGGCCUGGCAGAGAAGAUCCCUGACUACAGUGAUGGUGUGGGGAAGCAGCCUCUGGCCAUCGUGGGCUCCCCCUAUUGGAUGGCCCCUGAAGUUUUGAGAGGAGAGCUGUAUGAUGAGAAGGUGGAUGUGUUUGCGUACGGCAUCAUCCUGUGUGAGAUCAUUGCCCGGAUUGAAGCUGAUCCUGACUUCUUACCCAGGACAGAGGACUUUGGUCUGGACGUGGAUGCAUUUGAGAACAUGGUUGGGGAUUGUCCAGCUGCGUUCUUUAGCCUUGCUGUCGCAUGCUGUAAUAUGAGUGCAGUGAGCCGUCCCUCGUUCUCUGACAUCGUCUUCACAUUUGAGGGCAUGGAGAUAGAAGACGAGAGAGAGAAGCCCAUUGCACUUGAGCCAGUGGCAGCAGACGUCAGCCCGUACCGGCGCCGCAGCUCUCCCUGUCACCCGGGUGACCGCAGCCAGCAACGGCAAGGCUUAGCGAGGAGCCAAUCGGACACGCUAUCCCCGGGCACGCAGACGCCACUUCUCCUCGGGACCCCUGUGCGGGUCAACCCCUUCUCUCUCAGACAGGACCUGAACGGGGGGCGGUGUAAACUCUUAGACACACCUAGCAAGUCCGUCAUCUCCCUGACAUUUACCCUCCCGGCGCUUCGCGACCCUUGCUCCUCCCCCCACCUUCUCCGAGGGAUGCCAGGGACGCUAGCGCUGCCGAGGAGGUGCCAGUCGCUCCCCUGUACUCCAGAGCUCAGCUGGACCGUAGCCUUGCCAAGAGACACGGAGGGGAAGGAGGAGGAAAAGAAUGAAGAAGACGACAGAGUGGCGAUUACAAGAGGGACAGGGGAGGAUGUGGGGGACCACAUGAGGAAGAAGACAGGGGCGUCAGAGGAGGUAGAGGAGAGGUUGAAGGUAGAGCAAAUGGAGAUAACUGACAAGAGAGAGUUGUUAACAGAGGAGGAAGGGAUGGAAGAGGAUUCAUGUCUUUCUGUGGAGCUGGAGAUGGUGUGUCUGGAGCGGUUAGAGGAAGAGGAGGAGGAGGAGGGUGUACAUCUAACAGAACCCAUGGACUGUACCAAGUCUCCUGAGCCAGCAGAGGGAGUCAUUGACUCCUCACCUGGAAGAGCCCUGCUCACCUCCACUUGCUCCUCCUCCUUACAGACCAAUGGCUGGCGACUCCCCAUCUCCAACGGACCGCGCACGUUGCCUGCUCUGCCACGACUGGACAACAACAACGGCUCAGCCCUUGUGAUUGGUCAGCAGGUGCGGUGGGGUGGAGGAGAGCGUGCAAAUGGUUACAGCGGCUCCCAGCUCCAGUCCUCUGGCCCUAGUGGCACCUCUGAGCAGGAUGAGGUAUUUUCCUGUCCAGCCUGCUGUCUGGUGGGUCUGAGUUUUCCCUUUGUGUGCCUCCGGGGUUCAGCUGCUGUGCCCGCCCCCCGCCGAAAUGCUUCGUUACCAAGGCGACUCUACCAGAACCUCAACGGUACCAUAACCGGUGGCAGCGCUUCCUCGUCAACCCCAGCCGCCCCAGCAACCAAAGCUCUACUGUGUCGAAGCACAAAUGGACUCGUAGUGGGUGGGCCCUCGGUGCCAUGUGAGCCUGGCCGGUCCCUGCCGGAGGCCCAGACAUGAGCCUGCUGACAGGGGGAUGCACCAGCACUACAUUUUAGACAACAAAAUUAAUAACACUAAGGGCACUUUCACACCUGUAGUUCUGUAGACACGGUGCAAUUCGGGGGUGUUUUUCAUUUGGUUCGGUUUGUGUUCAGACUUUGUCAGGCGCACCAAACGUUAACAAGUGUCACACGGUUGAAACAGUCGCUGGUCUAUUGGACAGAAUAUUGGAGUAACAGUGUUUUUUAAAUGGGGGUACUACUGUAGUACCUAUAGAGGUACUUUGGAGUACUGCAGAGGGUAUGUGAGAUUUUUUUUAAAUGUUAAUAAAAUAUCAGUCAUGCAUAAUUCCUAAAAUAAUUAAACUAUAAUAAUGAAUUCUUUACGUUCAACCUUUGAAAUGUAGCAUUUACGUGUUUUUCAGUUACAAGAUUGUUGUUUGAUAAACAAAACACUGAUGGUUCAGCACUAUAAUGUACCUCUUUGUUUAGGCAUUUUUCUACCAAAAUAUUUUGCACUGGU